CUGGGCUCCCCUGGCCUUUGCAAUGUUCCCAACUUUGCAAUUUGCAAGGGAUGAUGGUUAGCAAAGAGUUAUUUAAGUGGAGGCUGUGGCCUGCUGGAGAAGGAAGGUGGAGAGGGCACUAAGUUUUAAGUCUCACCCCACUCCCCUCCCCCAUCCGGGCGGCCGUGCAGGCCCCAGGUGCAGCCAUGUUCUCGCUCCCACCACCCGCGCGCCUCCAUUGACAGUCCAAGCCGGAGAGGGCCGGGCGCCGCGGCGCUUCAGCUCGGCCUAGAGGGGGGCGGUGGGGAGAGAAUCUGGGUUCAUCCCGCAAGGCUAUCUGGGAGUUAUAGUUCGGGGUACCCACUCAUUGCGUAGGUGAGCGCGGGUUUAGAACUACAACUCCCGGUGGGCGGUGCUGCCUGUGCGCACGCGCAGCGGCACCUUUGAGGAACAAAAAAAAAAAAAAAAGCAAAAAAAAAAAAAGGGGGAAAAAGGAGGAGGAGGAGGAGGGUGAGAGAGAAGCUGGGAGAGCAGAGAAAAGGGGGCACCGGCGGCCCCCCCCCGCUUCCCUGCACGCGCUCGCCGCCCGCCUGCCGCGGUUACCCCUGGGCUUCGUCCCUCUGUUUCCCCCCGCGUCUGGCGACCCAGCGAGGAGCGAGGCCCCGCCGGGGGCGGCCAUGCGGCGGUGACAGGAGCACGGCCGAGACGCACGAGCCCCCCUCGCCCUCUCACCUCCACCCCGUUCACCAGCUCGCCGAGGCCCCUCCGGCCUAUAUCCGCUUGCUGUCCGUAUCUCCCCCUCCCCGACCCUCCCCGGCUGCACUUCGGAAAUCAUGGCCCAAGUAGCGAUGUCCGCGCUGCCUGCGGAGGAUGAGGAGUCUUCGGAGAGCAGGAUGGUGGUGACGUUCCUCAUGUCUGCCCUGGAGUCCAUGUGUAAAGAGCUGGCCAAGUCCAAGGCUGAGGUGGCCUGCAUCGCCGUGUAUGAGACAGAUGUGUUUGUCGUUGGAACCGAAAGAGGGCGUGCUUUUGUCAAUACCAGAAAAGAUUUCCAAAAAGAUUUUGUGAAGUAUUGUGUUGAAGAAGAAGAAAAGGCCGCCGAGAUGCAUAAGAUGAAAUGUACAACCCAGGCCAACCGGAUGAGCGUGGAUGCUGUAGAAAUUGAGACCCUCAGAAAAACGGUGGAGGACUAUUUCUGCUUUUGUUAUGGGAAAGCCUUAGGCAAAUCCACAGUGGUCCCUGUGCCAUAUGAGAAGAUGCUGCGUGACCAGUCAGCUGUGGCGGUGCAGGGGCUUCCCGAGGGGGUCGCCUUCAAGCAUCCCGAGCACUAUGACCUCGCAACCUUGAAGUGGAUUCUGGAGAACAAGGCGGGGAUUUCCUUCAUCAUCAAGAGACCUUUCCUCGAGCCGAAGAAACACCUUGGUGGUCGAGUGAUGGCGGCCGAUGCUGACAGGCCCAUGCUGUCUCCGGGUGGAAGUUGUGGCCCCAUCAAAGUGAAAACUGAGCCCACGGAAGAUUCUGGCAUUUCUCUGGAAAUGGCCGCUGUGACAGUGAAGGAGGAGUCAGAAGACCCCGAUUACUAUCAGUAUAACAUUCAAGCAGGCCCUUCUGAAACUGAUGAUGUUGAUGAAAAGCUCCCCCUUUCGAAGGCUUUGCAAGGAAGCCAUCACUCCUCAGAAGGCAACGAGGGAGCGGAAGUGGAAGUGCCAGCAGAAGAUUCUACUCAACAUGUCCCUUCAGAAACCAGUGAGGACCCUGAAGUUGAGGUGACCAUUGAAGAUGAUGAUUAUUCUCCACCUACCAAGAGGCCAAAGAGCAGUGAGCCGCCCCCACCCCCACCGGUCCCAGAGCCCACCAACGCCGGCAAGCGCAAAGUGAGGGAGUUCAACUUUGAGAAAUGGAACGCGCGCAUCACUGACCUACGGAAACAAGUGGAAGAAUUGUUUGAAAGAAAAUACGCUCAAGCUAUAAAAGCCAAAGGCCCGGUGACGAUCCCAUACCCUCUUUUCCAGUCGCACGUCGAAGAUCUGUAUGUAGAGGGCCUUCCUGAAGGGAUCCCCUUUAGAAGGCCAUCAACGUACGGCAUUCCUCGCCUGGAGAGGAUAUUGCUGGCAAAGGAGAGGAUCCGCUUUGUGAUCAAGAAACAUGAGCUUCUGAACUCAACACGAGAAGAUUUACAGCUGGACAAGCCCGCAUCAGGAGUGAAGGAAGAGUGGUAUGCUCGUAUCACCAAACUGAGGAAGAUGGUUGACCAGCUCUUCUGCAAGAAAUUUGCUGAGGCCUUGGGAAGCACAGAAGCCAAGGCUGUACCGUACCAAAAAUUCGAGGCCUAUCCCAAUGAUCUCUAUGUGGAAGGACUUCCAGAAAACAUUCCUUUCCGAAGCCCCUCAUGGUAUGGAAUCCCAAGACUGGAAAAAAUCAUCCAAGUGGGCAAUCGAAUUAAAUUUGUUAUCAAGAGACCAGAACUGCUGACUCACAGUACAACUGAGGUGACUCAGCCACGGACGAAUACGCCAGUCAAGGAAGAUUGGAACGUCAGGAUCACCAAGCUCCGCAAGCAGGUGGAGGAGAUCUUUAACUUGAAGUUUGCUCAAGCUCUUGGCCUCACAGAGGCUGUGAAGGUGCCGUAUCCUGUGUUCGAAUCCAACCCAGAAUUUCUGUAUGUGGAAGGGCUCCCUGAGGGGAUCCCCUUCCGAAGCCCUACCUGGUUUGGGAUUCCACGCCUUGAGAGGAUUGUCCGUGGGAGCAAUAAGAUCAAGUUUGUUGUUAAAAAGCCCGAGCUAGUUGUGUCCUACUUGCCUCCUGGGAUGGCUAGCAAAAUCAACACUAAAGCAUUGCAGUCCCCGAAACGACCACGAAGCCCUGGGAGCAACUCCAAGGUCCCUGAAAUCGAGGUCACUGUGGAAGGCCCCAACAACAACAGUCCUCAGACCUCUACCGUUCGAACUCCUACCCAGACCAACGGUUCAAACGUUCCCUUCAAGCCUCGAGGGAGAGAGUUUUCCUUUGAGGCCUGGAACGCUAAGAUCACAGACCUGAAGCAGAAAGUGGAGAAUCUCUUCAAUGAAAAGUGCGGGGAAGCUCUUGGCCUUAAGCAGGCUGUGAAAGUACCGUUUGCGCUAUUUGAGUCCUUCCCAGAGGACUUCUACGUAGAAGGCUUACCCGAGGGCGUGCCCUUCCGAAGACCAUCCACUUUUGGCAUUCCAAGGCUGGAGAAGAUCCUCCGGAACAAGGCCAAGAUAAAGUUCAUCAUUAAAAAACCUGAGAUGUUCGAGACGGCCAUCAAAGAGAGCACCUCUUCCAAAAGCCCUCCGAGGAAGACGAACUCAUCCCCCAGUGUCAAUACGACAGCCUCAGGUGUGGAAGAUCUUAACAUCAUUCAGGUGACAAUCCCAGAUGACGACAACGAACGACUCUCCAAAGUCGAGAAGGCCAGGCAGCUUCGGGAGCAAGUCAACGACCUCUUCAGCCGAAAGUUUGGUGAAGCUAUUGGGAUGGGCUUCCCCGUGAAGGUCCCCUACAGGAAAAUCACCAUCAACCCUGGCUGCGUGGUGGUCGAUGGCAUGCCCCCGGGGGUGUCCUUCAAAGCCCCCAGCUAUCUGGAGAUCAGCUCCAUGAGAAGGAUCUUAGAUUCUGCUGAGUUUAUCAAGUUCACUGUCAUUAGACCAUUCCCAGGACUGGUGAUUAAUAACCAGCUGGUUGAUCAGAAUGAGUCUGAAGGCCCUGUGAUACAAGAAUCAGCUGAGGCAAGCCAGUUGGAAGUUCCAGCAACAGAAGAAAUCAAAGAGACAGAUGGGAGCUCACAGAUCAAGCAGGAGCCAGACCCCACGUGGUAGACCGUGGCUCUCCAGGUUCGGCUCCCGGCGUGAGUGGUGGAGAAGAGCUUUCGGACCCGCUCCGGCCAGCUCUGUAAUAUACUUGUAUAACAGAAAUACCUUCUAUACAAACCUUCUUUUCUACUUUUAGAUAGAAAUGUCUACUUUCUCAGCAGUUCUGUGAAUUGAACUACAUAGCGUGAUGAGAUGCGCGUGCCUGGCUGGCUUGGGAAUGCACUAGAAGGAUUUUGCAGCAGUGCUGGAAGGAGGCGGGGAUGGCAGGGACGACUCUUAGGGUUUCUCAUGCAUCGGGCAGAGCCUUGGGCUGAGGGGCGUAUCCCCGUCAGUGAGCUAUUCCUCCAGAGCAUCUUGGCUUCCGCAGGGAAGGAAACCCCUGUGCUAGUCAGUGCGUUAGUUUUUCUAUUGAAAACCAGUUCCGUGAUCUUGCACUCAGCUCCCCCUCCUGCCCAGGGGAGGGCUGCUGUCUGUGUAUGUGACUAAGCCUCCUCCCGAGUUCCAUUAUGAGUCCUCUGUCCUCACUGUCAUUCAAAGCAAAGCCGGCCAGUGAGCAGCCAGUGCGUCCGAGUGCAACUGGAGAGGCUGACCUCGGAGUCUCUCUCGAGGUUACUUUGCAGCAAGUAAAUUUCUGGGCGUAUCCAGAAGGUCAGAGGCCAGUGGUCAGGUGUGCAUGCUUGAGCAGCUGGAUGACUCAACCCUCCCUAACCACCAGGACCUGCAGUGACCUGGGGUGCUCUGGGUGGAGUCAGGCUGGCCUUGUGUCUGCCUGGUUGGUUGUCUCUAACCACCUGUCUGGCCUCGGUGCCAGGGUGGGGAGUGGGGUACCUUGGUGUCCUCGCCCUCUGUGGGGCUCCACGUGGGAGCUCGCAGACGAUGCCACUGUAUAAGGCAGCAGCUCUCAGCAGUUAGAGGGUGUGAGGGCACCGCUCUCAGUAGCGUCACCACGAUGUUCACCAUGGGAAAUUAUAUCACACGGUAGCAGAAAUAGGCAUUUUAUGUGUUCCUUAUAUUUUACCUCAGAUUGUAGAUAUAGGGUAAUAAAUAAAAUCCAUCCAUGCCUUUCA